ACACACAGCUUCACACGUUCACACUGUUCUACAAACUCAACAUCAGAGUCUGAGGCUGUCAGAUCAAUGAAACUUUAACCCUGAGGACACUGAGCCUCUGCAGCAGCACUGCUCUGAUUUAAGGUGGAAUGACCACUGGAAAGUCAGGGAACUACAUUUCCCAUCAUGCCCUGGGUACAGGAAAUGUGUUUUGUUUUUUUUUCUAUUACAAUUUACUGAACAUUUCGAUUUGAAAUACACAUCAAAUUACAAAAAAACUCAUUUGAGGAAACAUUUGCUUGCGUUUGAAACAAGCUCACAACACAUUAACAAGAUAAUAUAAAAUAAAAUCACAGGUUGACAUUUUAACAAAAGUGCUUUAAGUGGAUUAAAAGAACAGGAUUGUAACUUUAAAAGCAAGAGGCUUUGACUUUGUUUCAUUAGUUCAUUGAUAGAUUUUCUCCUGAUGUUAAAUAGUUCUUAAUUUCAUAUUUAAAACCAGUUUAUGGUGGGUUUGCUGUUUUUCCAUUUCUUCUUGUGUGUAUGAUAUUUUCCCAUAAUGAGAAUUAUGGAUACCUUUGUUGACAGACCGUCCAUAUAAAGACACAUGGACUCAUGUUGACGCUGCAGAAAAACUGAACAAAAGACAAAGUGAAGAAGCUUCAGAGGAAGCAGCAGUCUGAGCUUCAGGUCUCAGGACUAACUCAAUAUUUCAUAUUAAUCCAGGACAUCAGAGUCCCUCUGACUCUGGAUCAGAGUUGCAGCUGUUUCUGAUGUUUAAAGUAAAACAAACGUUUUGUUUUCAGCUUCAUAUCAAUGACCUGACGUGUGAAAUAACGUCUGCUGAUCUCUGAUCAGUUUGAGUGUCAAUCUGAGGUCCACAGCUUCACUGAGUCUGUCAGACUCUGACCUGACACCUGGUCCUCCAGGUGUCGGUGCAGUUCUCUCUCUGGCCACAGGGAGGCGUCUUUGCACCAGGUGACCUGAGUCUGUAACAAACAGCAGGUGAGCAGAGGAACUUCCUGUUUCCUCUUCUUGAUCAUCAGCUGAUUGUUGGUAAUAAUUAACGAUCAAUAACGUUCAUGAGUUCUGUGUCCUGCAGUACACAGUUUAACAUGAUGUCCGUGAACUCAUCAGAUGACCUGAUGUCAGUGCAGUUCUCUGUCUGACCACAGGGGGGCGCUGUCUCCUCACCUGACGCUCACAGACUGAGUCUUUAAAACACUGAUCCAGGAUCACGUGACUCGGGUUUUCUAUGAAAGAGACUCUGACACAGAAAAUUUAUUCCGGACAAAACGUGAAACAGAUCGGCGCUGUUCAGCCAAUCAGGAGGCUCCCUAAACCCCGGCGGCUCUACGUCACUGUCAGGUCGUCCAAUCCGGACAGAGGGCCCCCUCCCGGGCCGGCCCACCCCCCCGCUCUGUGUGUCCUCCUCUCAAACUUUGGACCGGGGCUGAUAGACACCGGAGCAGAUGAUCAGCUUUUAUUAUCUCUCAGCUCCUCCGGCUCUGCAGAGACCUGGUCCUUCUUUAGUCCUGGCUUUGAUCUGGACCUGGAUCCGGGACAGUGUGCGCCGGGACCUGAACUCUUCCCGCGGUCUUUGGGUUUUUAUUCUGAGAGGAAAACUUUGGAUUAAUCAGCGGACUGAGUCUGAGAUGGGCUGUGAGUCCAGAACGCACCGGGUUUUGGUUUAGAUCCAGUCUGGACUCUGUCAGGUGCGCAGGGCCCUAACCCCCCCAUCCAGCCCUCCACAGAGACCCGCUCCCGUGCUCCCGGAUCCCGCAGAGAAGUGAUGUUAGCGGUGGGUCAGAUGGACGGGUCCCGACAGAGCGCCUUCCUCCUCAGCACGCCGCCGCUGGCCGCUCUGCACAGUAUGACCGAGAUGAAGACCCCGCUGUACCCGGCCUACCCGCUCUCCUCCACCGGGCCCACCUCCUCUACCUCACCGGCCACCACCUCCCCCAACCCGGGCGGCAUGGCCGUGUCCUCCCCGGGGAUCAAGACGUCCUCGUCGGGCUCCCUGUCCUCGGGGCUCGGCUCCCCGCAGCAGUGCUCCUCCGCCACUCCUCACGGGAUUAACGACAUCCUGAACCGGCCCUCCGCCGGAGCCACGGUGGCCGUGGCCGCCGCCGCCGCCGCCGCCGCCUCGUCCUCGGCGGGGAUCCUGUCGGGGCUGCCCCGGUUCAGCAGCCUCAGCCCGCCGCCGCCUCCCGGACUUUACUUCAGCCCCGGCGCCGCCGCGGCGGUGGCGGUGGCCCGGUACCCGAAGCCCCUGGCGGACCUCCCGGGCAGGACGCCGAUCUUCUGGCCGGGAGUCAUGCAGAGUCCGCACUGGAGGGACGCCCGGUUCGCCUGCUCCCCCCAUCAGAACUCCGUGUUACUGGACAAAGACGGGAAGAGGAAACACACCAGACCCACGUUCUCAGGACAACAGAUCUUUGCUCUGGAAAAGACUUUUGAACAAACCAAAUAUCUGGCGGGACCGGAGAGAGCGCGGCUGGCCUACUCUCUGGGCAUGACGGAGAGCCAGGUCAAGGUGUGGUUCCAGAACAGACGGACUAAGUGGAGGAAAAAGCACGCGGCGGAGAUGGCCUCGGCCAAGAAGAAGCAGGACUCGGAGACGGAGCGGCUGAAGGGGACCUCGGACAACGAGGACGAAGACGACGACUACAACAAACCUCUAGACCCGAACUCAGACGACGAGAAGAUCACACAGCUGCUGAAGAAACACAAACCGGGCUCCGCGCUGCUGCUGCACACGUCGGAAAACGACAGCUCCUAAUUCUCCUCCUGCUCCUCUGUCCGGACCCGGACCCGGACCCGGACUCUGGACUCUGGACUCUGCAGAGGUUUUGUUCGCUGACAGGUGGAGAACACUUCACGGACUCGCUCGGCCGCAGAACAGACGGUACUUCACUGUAAAUAGAAGCGUGAGUUGUAAGAAUAGAAAUUAUCAGCUGUGAAUAAUUUAUGUGUAAAAAAAAAACAAGAAACGGUUUUUGUACAGACACUGCUCUGAGAUCAGCUCACACACACUCCUGGUUUGGUUUUGUAUUUUACACUAACACUCCUCUGAAAGUACAGGAGGAGAUCCUGAACGCACCACACACACCUGUACAUACACACACAGGUUUAAUUUAUAUGUUAGUGUGAGUGGAGCCUGCAGCUGUAUGAGCAGCUUCAUGUAUGAUGCACUUUUAUUUAAUAAAAACUCCGAGCUUUG